AUGACAGAGGCUUGUGUUGACUUUAUUCCAACAAGAACAAAUAAGAUACCAAGUGCAACUGCAAAGAUAAAUGUACUGAUCAACUAUCUGUGGAAAAAGAAACAGGAGAUGGAUAUCAGCAUAUUCUUAGAAGAGCAAAAGCUCAUUCAACUGCAGUUCUACAUGUAUACAAGGCAAUGCCAACAUAUUAUGCGUGAAGACGGCAUUUUAAGCAGAGAAGUUCAAGGAGAAGAGUUGAGACUUCCUUUCACAAAAUACAGACAAUACUUUGUCUUUAAUCACAAUUACUUAAAGCUGUUAAUGAAUAUACUUGAGCUUUACACAACUCUGGAAUGA